AUGACGAUGUCGCUCCUCUCUUUGCUCCACCACAUCACUGUGCUGUUUGCAUUCAUCACUCACGUUCGGAGUGUCGCGCCCACCGGUCAGCAAACUCCUCUGUGCCGAGAUCGACUGCAGCUAACAAUGGCAGACGAGUACCGGGAUGGCGAUGCCGCACAGAGUUCGUACUUCGACAACCACAACAUUGAUCCAGCUGUCGUCGACAGCGCACAGUUCGGUCUGCUGUGGAAGCAGUCUUUCAACAACAAAGAACAGUUCUACGCAAAACCAUUGACGUUCACGCCGAAUGGUGGGAAGCAACUUGUAUUCUUGGCUUCGUCUAUGAACUACAUCAGAACUCUUGAUGCCGUAACUGGUACCCUGAUCAAUUCCCGUCAAGUGCAGACACCCUUCCUGCAGUCGGACAUUGGGUGCACUGAUAUCCCGAACUACAUCGGCAUCAUUGGCAGCCGGUCAUUGAUCCAGUCAUCUGGCAAUACUGGCACUUUUAAUGGCGUAUACUACUUCUACGCUGUCCAUGUCUCGGAUCUGAGCGAUGUCGACGGCUUCCCAAUCUUGGUCGACGGCUCGAUCGCCCAAAACGACAACCGCAAGUAUUUCGUGGGCGGCACGAUAUUGCAGAGACCCUCACUAUUGCAAGUCGGCUCAACAGUCUUUGCUGCUUUCGGUGGCCACUGUGACCUCUUCAACUACACCGGCACUGUGCUUGGCGUCGAUAUCAAGCAGAAGAAAGUAGUCACCAAUUUCGCAGUCGAAGCAGGACCAAACUCGGCUUUUUCCACGGACUGGACAAACAAUGGCGCCGGCGGCCAAGGCGGGAUCUGGCAAGCUGGUAUGAGUCUUGCCAGUGACGGCAAUCGUCUUUUCUUUGCCACUGGCAACGGCAAUGGUGGCGAGAACCAAGGCAUUCCUGCUAGCGGAUCUUCUGGCUGUAGAACACUAGGAGAAGCCGUCGUCAAUCUCGCCAUUGAUACCACGACAGGCGUGCUUAGUUUGACCGACUACUUCCAGCCUUACGACUACGUCAACAUGGAUGGCGGUGACCAAGACUUUGGCUCCGGCGGAGUUUCAUUGCUCGAUCCUACCAUCUUCAACGGCACUGGUGUGGCACGUCUGUGCAUCACUACAGGCAAGAAUGGAGCUCUGUACUUGAUCAACGCGGAUAAUCUUGGCGGCUACAAGCAAGGAACAGGAGGCACAGAUCUCGUUGUCCAGGAGAUCGUGACCAGCGAAGCUGUCUUCGGAGGCGUUGGAUCUUAUCCUCUCGAGGGUGGUUACAUCUACUCCACUCCUGUUGGCUAUCCCACCUACGUCUACAAGCUCGGGUUCACCGCUUCCGGUAAGCCAAACUUCGUGCUCGCUGGCACCACGGCCCAGAAGUCUGCUGGUCGUGUAGGUCCUGGAGUACCAACCAUCACUACUUACAAGGGCCGACCCGGGACCGCAAUCAUGUGGCUCACUGAUCCAGACGCUGGUAUCCGAGCGUGGUACGCUGUCCCCAAUCCAGAUCAAGCCAUGACUCCGAUCAAGCUGCCUCAGAUUGGUGGGGUCGUGAAAUUCCAGAGGCCUGCUUUUGGCGAUGGACGGGUCUACACAACCGAUGCUAAUGGAGCACUAUACUGUCUCGGAUCGCCGGUCAAUCUGCCUCUGAACUGCACUAGCCCUGUCGACUUUGGCAGUGUCGUUCUCGGCUCAAGCAAGACGGCAACAAUCCAAUGCACAGCCUUGACGACCAUUUCACAGGUGAACAGCAUUACGACAGGUGACUUGCAUUUCGUGGUCGACCAGUCUGCCUUGCCUACUGGAGCUGUCGCUCAGGGCGCAAGCUUCGCAUUCAACGUUACCUGGAAUCUAGUCAACGUAACAGUAUCGGCCGCUAAGAAUGCAAGCUACGGCAAUACGACUCCAGGUGUUAAGUCAACACCAUUGACCAUCCGAACUACCAACGCUGUUGCCGGAUUUGCGAAUUCUUUCCCUUUGAGCUUGACUGGUACAGAAGUGUCAAAGGCGGCGUUUCUCCAGGUUGUUCCACAGACUGCCAACUUCGGCGGAUUAAUUCUUGGUGUGGCAGGCAAUCCGACAACCAGCAGCCUCUCUUUCACUAUCGCAAACCUAGGCCAGAGUGACUUACAUAUUUUAGGGUAUGCAUAUACGUCUGAUACGGACCGGGAUGAUGGUGAUGCUGAUUUCACGAACGUCACCAAUACGGCUGGUGUUUGGGAUCUUGGGAAAGGCUUCUCCACGACGGCCCUACCAGCACUCGAUAGCGUCCUCAAGGCUGGACAGUCCGCCUUGAUCCCUACCCUGUUCAACGCGACUAACGCUACGGGAGAUUAUCUUUCAUACCUCAAUGUCUGGAGUGACGGGGGCACGGCAGGAAUUAUCUUGGAAGGCUCGACAUCUACGGCAGCCGUUGUGGUCAUCACCACAUCGACCUCAGAAGGUGGCUUGUCACCUUGCAGCGUUACAGACUGCACCAUGAGUUUCGGGACUCAGAGCCCGGGUCAGACUGCUGCACUGAGCAUUCAAGUUUGCAACGUAGGAGGCUCAGUCUUGACAGUGACCAAGUCGAAGCCUCCCCUUGGCGCCAUCAAAGCUUUGAACUAUGGUAUCGAUCUACACGAGACACAGCAGAUUCCUGUCAAUAGCUGCGCCAACGGCACUGUAGUGUUCUCCCCAGCACCCGGGCCUCCCAAUCUGGCCGACUACACCGUCGUAAACCAGUGGACCCUCAACACGGACGACCUCAGCUUUGGCGUGCAUGUUGUCAACAUGACUGGUAUCGUCCAUGGCAGACAGAUUGGCCCUCUCUACCCCAAUGGCUCUGCGAUAUUCAAUUAUCUAGGAUGCUACCUGGACAACGGUGCUGGACAACGGCUUCUUGGGAAUGAACCAUACGUCGAUACAGUCAACAACACCAACCAGGAGUGUCAAACCGCAUGUCAGAAGGCUGGCUAUACUUUCUCGGGGACCGAGUAUCGUCAGGAGUGCUACUGCGGCGACAAUCUACCAUCUAGUCAGUGGUAUCACCCCGAAUCUGACACGAAGUGCACCUUCGCAUGCAUUGGAGACGAUACACAGGCCUGCGGCGGUGAUGGAGGGUACAUUUCAGUCUACUACGACUCCUCCAAGUACAGCAUCACUGACCAGACAUACAACACAAGCGGUACCAUCGUCAGCGGCCCACAGACUGUUCUGUCUGUCCCGCCGUACAACUAUCUUGGAUGCUACAGCGAAGGGCAAGAUCAGCGCGCACUCUCUGGAUCGGCCCCUGGCGCUGCAAGUACAGGCGGGACUGUCGAUUACUGCGCUUCUCAGUGCGCGCAGAGCCAAUUCCAAUACAUGGGAGUCGAGUAUUCGAAUGAAUGUGUAAGUUUUUAG